AUCUUUGUGAUGGAUAAACUUUAAAAAACUCUGUGAGCCGGAUAGUCCGCAUUUGCUCGAGACAUGCUACUUUUGUUUCACUUUAUAUUCAUGCUUGUGUGAAGUAAGCUCGAUAAGUGAGAUAAAAAGUAUUUUGUUUGAAAAUGUCGCGAAGAAGAUCAAGUGGAACCUUACAUCGACAUUGCGUGCCGAGUGUUACUCUAGUUCAAACUAAGCGAAGUUCAGUCGCAUGGUUAGAAAAGACUCAAUGCGUGGAGAGUCGUUUGCCAGACUCGAUAUUAUUAGAGAUAUUUUGUUAUCUGAACAAACAACAACUUGGCGUCGUUGCUCAGGUCUCGAAGCGUUGGCGUCGUGUCGCUUACGAUAAGACGUUUUGGCAUGUUUUGGAUUUGACGUCGUUUUCUCCAGACAUCAACGAAGAUGUUAUGAUCAUGAUUAUCAAAACACGCCUUAUAUCCACUCUACACUCAUUAAAUCUCGGACCAGUAAAACUGACUGCUAAAAUAGCGAAGGAUCUUGCAAGAAAAUGCCCCAACUUGAAAUGUAUUGUGUUCAAUUCUGUUGCAAUUUCGGGUGAUCCUGCUUUCUCCGGGGAGAGCAGACAGUUCCCCGCUUCCUUGGAACUCAUGGACAUCAGACAUUGCCGGGGGGAUUUUCAAUUUAUGAAACGUUUACCAAGGCAUUUCACAUCAAUGAAGUACAUUGGCUUGGGUUUUCAGUCAUCUUCUUGCCUUAUUCCAUGUAUUUUCAGCAAGAUGCAUGAUCUACGCGUUUUGGACUGUACUGAAUGCGAGGCAAUUAAUGACUGCGCUUUGGAGAAGAUCUCAAGAAGUUGCCAACAACUGGAGUCUAUAUGCCUUAAUGAGUGCAAGUAUGUGGCAGGAACAACCCUUGCGACAGUUGUUAAACACUGUAAGUCACUGUCAACUUUGCUAAUGAGAUUUACAAAAAUUUCUGAUGUUACAAUUCUUUCUGUGGAAUGGGAGUCAACAGUUAUUAAAGAGCUUGAUAUAACUGGUUGUUACUAUGUAACAACAACUGGCUUAUCAACAUUGCUGUCACAUUUACCUCAGCUUACAUACUUCAAAAUGAACCAAUGUGGGUUCAGACACAUUCUAAAUCUCUUGGUAUAUCAGGAAAUUCGUCCGCAAGUCAAUUUCACUCUACUUGAAACUUUGGAUUUACGUUGGAACUUUUUGUUGUCAGCCGAGUGCCUAGAAUGCAUUCUUCGGUUAACUCCAAGACUUCAUUACCUUGGCAUCAGCCACUCUCCACGAGUUGGACCUUCUGCCAUGAUGGAGAUGCUUCCUCUUGUGACACAGCUCAAAAUUCUUGAGUUUGGUCCACUCAAGAAACAGGCAUUGUCUGAUACAAACUUUGUUAAAGGUGUCAUCAGUCAUUGCAAGGAGAUUGAGGCAGUAUCUUUCAUCAAUUUUACAGUGGCUUCAGCCCAAGAUGUGGAGAUAAUACGCGAGCUAAAACAGAAAUGUAAGAAACUCCAAGAAGUGAAAUUAUGCAAUCCAAGAGUCGAGCAAGUUGAGGUUGGUGCUGCUGGUGAAAUGGUCACUGUUGAAAGAUUGCUUGUUAAAAUGGAAAGUUUGUUGCCUAGCCCGAAGCACACUCUGAAUGGUGUCGCAAAGGCGUUGUGUUGACUAAUUGUGUGACCUCAUUGCUUAUUGUAGAACAUUUUUGAUUAGUUUUAUGCUAAGUUGUUGUGGUUAUGUGUUGAACUUUGAAUAGUAUGAUUAAAAAUGCAUUGACAUUAUUGUAAAUAUGAUGAAUUAAUGGAAGGGACAUGAUACACAUCUCAUUGAAAAGAUUAUGAUGAAAAUAUAUUUGCAACUCAUUUGCAACACAUCCCUUA